AUGGAUGAACCCGCCUCCCGACCGCCUCGGAAGGACACUGUCUUGACUCGGCGGUAUAUUGAGGGCCUGAUUGCAGAGGGCAAGCAUGUCAUUAUAUUUGAGGGCCGUGUUCUGAAGGUGGACGCCUACAUCAAGUUCCACCCUGGCGGUGAAAAGCCGAUGAAGCACAUGGUGGGCCGGGAUGCGACAGACGAGAUCAAUGCACUGCACUCCCAAGAGGCCCGCGCUAUCAUGUCCUCGUACCAGAUCGGACGAAUCGAAGGCCGUUGGGCCAACUUCCUCCCUCCCAUCCAAGGCGGCAAGUUCCGUCCGUACACCGAAGAGGUCUGCUCGAGCGAAGAGGAUCUGCCCAGUCAAGACAGCUCCAGCCAGGAAGGGUCCCUCCCUCCGUCUCCGAUAUUCGAUGCGGUCGACUCAAAAUCCACGGUUCGUCGAAAGAAGUCUUUGCCAGACACAGACAGCUCUGCCAUGUCCACCCCUCUCAACCAAGAUGACCAGUCCAAACCGUACUUCCUGGACGCUCGUACGCGAGAGGAAAUUGUGUUUGACACCGCCAAAUACCCAUCUCUGGAUACCUCGAGUCAGGAGAGCAUCAAGCGCAAGUACCGUGAUCUGAACAACCGUCUGGUCGCCGAAGGAUUGUUCGACUGCAAUUAUAUGUCAUAUUUCAUCGAAUGCUGUCGGUACACGGCUUGCGCAUCUCUGGCCUAUUUCUUUUUGCGCCUCGGCUGGUGGGCGAUGUCUGGAUUUUGGCUCGGGUGCUUUUGGCACCAACUUGUGUUCACUGCCCAUGAUGCUGGCCAUAUGGGUAUUACACACAAUUUCCAUGUCGAUACUGUGAUUGGCAUCCUUAUCGCUGACUACCUGGGGGGACUGAGCCUGGGUUGGUGGAAACGAAGCCACAAUGUGCACCACAUCGUAACGAACGCGCCUGAGCACGACCCCGAUAUUGAGCACAUGCCGUUUUUUGCUAUUUCCCAUCGGUUUUUUGACAGCCUUCAAAGCACCUACUAUGACCGGAACAUGACCUUCGAUGCUGUUUGUAAAUUCAUGUUGAAGAUCCAGAAUUACUCUUACUACCCCAUCAUGAUGUUGGCACGGUUCAACCUCUACCGCCUUAGCUGGGAAUACCUUUUGAAGGGCCAAGCACCGAAGAAGGGCCCUGCCUGGUGGCAUGUCUGGCUGGAAUACGGCGGUCAAAUGUUCUUCUGGUAUUGGUACUGCUACCUCGUGGUGUACAAGAGCAUCCCAGACUGGGGUAGUCGCCUUACUUUUAUCUUGGUAUCGCAUAUCGUUUCUUCGCCGCUUCACGUCCAGAUCACACUAUCUCAUUUCGCUAUGUCGACAGCCGACUUGGGUGUACACGAGUCAUUCGCCCAGAAGAUGCUGCGUACUACCAUGGACGUCGACUGCGCUCCUUGGCUGGACUUCUUCCACGGUGGUUUGCAGUUCCAGGCUAUUCACCAUCUUUACCCUCGUAUGCCGCGUCACAACCUCCGCCGUGCUCAGAAGUACAUUGCUGAGUUCUGUCGUGACACUGGUAUCCCCUACGCCAUCUUCACUUUUUACGACGGCAAUAAGGAGGUCAUCGGCCGGCUCGGUGACGUGGCCAAGCAGGUUCGCAUGUUGGAGGAGUGUCGCAAGUCAAUUGCCAAGGAGGGUGUCUUCGCGCAUCAUCACUGA